GCCCCAGUGUUGCGGUGCGUUGUGGUGCUGCGGGCGGUCAUGCCACCUGCACUCUCCACAACAAGCUUCUAACUAGAUCCUGUGUGACAUUCCUUCCCUGUAGGGCAUGUCUCGUUUUCUUGGUCACUUUUUCUCAUCCCGCGCCUCUGCAAUUUAAAGCUUAAGUCAAAUUAUUAUUUGUAAUAGUUUAUAUUUAUCUAACAUUGACCACCUAUCCUGUUGCUGUUUUAACUCUAACUUCGUACGUGGCGAACCAGCCUCUGGAGAGGCGAAUAGAGUUAUUUAGGUUUUUGUUCUGUUGACUUUGGGAAAUGUCUAAACCUCUAGGUCACAUCAAGAGACCCAUGAACGCGUUCAUGGUGUGGUCCAGGGGCCAGAGGCGGAAGAUGGCCCUGGAGAACCCCAAGAUGCACAACUCGGAGAUCAGCAAGCGGCUGGGCGCCGAGUGGAAGCUGCUCUCCGACCCCACCAAGCGGCCGUUCAUCGACGAGGCCAAGCGGCUGCGCGCCCAGCACUUGCAGGAGCACCCGGACUACAAGUACCGUCCCCGGAGGAAACCCAAGAGCCUGCUGAGGAGAGACCGCUUCGUGUUUCCCCUGCCUUUCCUUGGGGACACCGCGGAGCAUUUGAAAGGAUUUCCAGCGGACACUUCUUUCCUCAGCGCAGAUAAAGCCCGGGCUCUGCUGUCCCCCGCCGCCCCGUCCUUCUCCUUCCUGGACCCCAUCUCAGCGCACUUCAGCACCGGAGCUGUCCAGCGGCUCAACGACCUGCCACACACUCUGCCGCUCGGGUGCCUACCCUACGCGAACACUUUUGGAUACCACCAGACCGGACCGAUGGGGAGUUUGAGUUGCCCGGGGCAGCACAGCCACACGCACCUGUCCCCGAGCAGUCCAGGGUACAGUCCCGGGUAUGUGGUUCCGUGCGGCUGCAGCAGCGCGUGGUCAACCGCCGCCGGGCUGCAGCCGCAGGUCGCCUAUAUCCUGUUCCCCGGAGGACUGCAUGCCAAGAAGGGGCUGCUGGACCCCUACACCUCCGCAGGGUCAGGCCUGGGACGCAGUGCACCAGGGGACGUAAUGCACACAUGAACCAACGACAUACACGAGGGUAACCACUGUAAUGCAUUAAGACACUUGGCAGUCUAUUUAAUGUUGUAUGUGUGUCCUUUGGUGUUGCUUUAGAGAAACUCUUUGAGAGGAACAGUUGAAAAUAUGAUAUAUAAUUUGAAUACAGGAUUGCACAAGAUGAUGAUUCCCCGUCGGUUUUGUUGCCUUGUUGCCAUUUUAAGUUUCAAAUAGUUUGUCAAAAUCGUUUCACUUUAUAACCAACCUGCAAAUAUCUUGGUUUGAGAAAGAAAACAUCAGUUAAUGAAGGUCUGUUUUGAAAAUGUUUUUCUCUCCCUCCAAAACAUGCAUUGUGAUUUUAUUAAAGUAUUGAAAAAUCC